GCUUUCUCCUCGGCCAUGGCGUCCGGGUUGGUGAGGUUGCUGCUGCCGGCGCCUCGCCUCCUCCUGAGUCCGGCCGCCCCCGCACUCGCCCCACCGGUUCGGGGAGUGAAGAAGGGAUUCCGCGCCGCCUUCCGCUUCCAGAAGGAGUUAGAGCGGUGGCGCCUCCUCCGGUGCCCUCCGCCGCCGGUGCGCCGUUCAGAGAAGCCCAAUUGGGACUACCAUGCUGAAAUACAAGCAUUUGGACACCGGUUACAGGAAACCUUCUCCUUAGAUCUUCUCAAAACUGCAUUUGUUAAUAGCUGCUACAUUAAAAGUGAGGAGGCCAAGCGUGAAAAACUUGGAAUCGAGAAAGAAGCUGUUCUUCUGAAUCUUGAAGAUAAUCGAGAACUAUCUGAACAAGGGUCAUCUUUUUCACAAACUUGCCUCACGCAGUUUCUUGAGGAGGCGUUCCCAGACUUGCCCACUGAAGGCCUUCAGAGUCUUGUUGGCUUUCUCACGGGUGAAGAAGUGGUGUGUCAUGUGGCUAGAAACUUGGCUGUGGAGCAGUUAACGCUGAGUGCAGAGUUUCCCGUCCCCCCGACCGUGUUACAGCGGACUUUCUUUGCGGUAGUUGGAGCCCUGCUGCAGAGCAGUGGCGCCGCGAGGGCUGCACUCUUCAUCAGGGACUUCUUAAUUACUCAAAUGACUGGAAAAGAACUCUUUGAGAUUUGGAAGAUAAUAAAUCCCAUGGGGCUGCUGGUAGAAGAACUGAAGAAAAGGAAUAUUCCAGCUCCUGAAUCUCGGCUAACGAGGCAGUCUGGGAGCACCACAGCUUUGCCUUUGUAUUUUGUUGGCUUAUAUUGUGAUAAAAAGUUGAUUGCAGAAGGCCCUGGGGAGACAGUGCUGGUUGCGGAAGAAGAAGCUGCUCGCGUGGCGCUUCGGAAACUCUAUGGGUUCGCUGAGAAUAGACGGCCCUGGGACUAUUCCAAGCCCAAAGAGGGUGUGAGAGCUGGAAAGGCUGCCGCUGCCAGCUAACCAGCCAAAGACGUGGCAGCCUGAAAUUUGUGAGCAGGACAAUGAGACAAGUGUCAGAGAUGUUCAAAGCUGGACAUUUUUCAAAUUGUAAAGAAAUAUGUCUAAUUCCUCAUACUGAGUUCCGAGUUCCUAAAAUUAAGUAAGUAUCCAUCAGAUCACUUUUUUUUUCUUUUUAGCUAUUUUUGUUUUAUCAAAAGUCUUUUUUGAUGUUUUUCCAAUGAACUUUUCCUAAAGUCUCUGAUUUUAUUAUUGUGUAUAACUUGUACAGUUAGGUGUAUUUUAUUCCCUUCUGGCUUUCAGGUACCAUAAUUUGUAUGUUUUAUGAACUUUGCUGUAAUACCAAUAAAAAAGUUACUCUUUCUCUAAA